GUCAUGAGGGCUGCACCGAAUCGCUAUUGGUUGUGGUCGUUGUUUUUAGGCGGGUACAACACAUUAGAAUGAGCGACGCUAUUUUCUGUAGAAAAUGUACCGGUCACGAAGAUAAUUUGGGGGAAACAGGGAGAUAGGGUUUCUUCCUACAAGAAGAGGUACGAACCAGCAAUCAGAAAAAUGAAGAUUUGGAGCACGGAACACAUAUUCAGCUACCCCUGGGAGACAGUGAUCAAGGCUGCCAUGCGGAAGUACCCUAAUCCCAUGAACCCCAGCGUGGUGGGCGUGGACGUCCUGGACCGGAACCUGGACACCCAGGGGCGUCUCCACAGUCACCGGCUCCUCAGCACCGAGUGGGGCCUGCCGGCUAUCGUCCGAGCGAUUUUGGGAACCAACAGGACCUUAACCUACGUGAAGGAGCACUCUAUUGUGGAUCCAGAGAAGAAGCAAAUGGAGCUUUGUUCAACAAAUAUCACUCUGACUAAUUUGGUAUCCGUGGACGAACGUCUGAUAUACAGACCUCAUCCAGAAAAUCCUGAAGUCACUGUCUUGACACAGGAAGCCAUCAUCACCGUGAAAGGAGUCAGUCUGAGCAGCUACCUGGAGGGGCUGAUGGCUCUCAGCAUGUCAGCCAACGCUAGAAAGGGUUGGGAUGCUAUUGAGUGGAUCAUACAAAACUCUGAAAGGGAGAACGUUCCCUUGUGCAACCUGUAUUAAUCAGUGGGCUGCCAGGCUGUGGAGUGGGCGAUCAGGAGCCUGAGCUCCCACAUCACAGCAGUGACUGCCAGGUGGACAGCGCGGGGCUGCAGAUCUCCCACUGCGACCGGGUAAAGUCAGCAGGCCCGACCAGGCGAGCCCGGGGUGUGGAGGUGUGGACUGCCCAUAAACCGGGCAGCAUCGGCAUCAGCAAUCCAUGAGCUGGCAUUCAUUAUCACACGAGACAGGGUUUGUAUCGCAGCCCUAGAUGUCCUACACGAGGCCGAGUGCUUGUAAAUCCGCAGAUGUGAGUGAAAUCUAGGCUGCGACUUUGGUGUGGUUGCACUGUAAAUUUGUCCAUGUUUUUGGGGAACUCUAUGGUAGCAGUUCGCCACUGCGCAAGGACCAUUUGCAUUGUGCGGCCCGAUUGACUAGCCAAUGAAGCCCCGUUAUUGUACUGCCGCUGAACAAAAGGACAGAAAACAUGUUUUUUUUUCUUUUUGUUUUUGCAGUGAUGUGAAAAAACACAGGCUUUAAAUUUGUGCUAAUUGGCCUGCCCACUCAUGCAAAUUACAGAUUGAGAGCCACUGCUCUAUGUGUUCACUGGUACAGCACCCCAAAUUUCAUCUAACAGGCGUACACACUGUUUUUAAUGUCGUGGGCACGUUUUUCUUUUCUGAUGUCUGCAUGACGUGAGGGAAGCUACAAAAAAUAACAGAUGUGUCCUGUCGCCAUCAAAUUAAUGUAUUGUAACUGAUAUUUAUUCCUUAAAAUAAGGACACAUUUUGGUUGGGUUAUUUCUGGGCCAAAAAGAAUUACUCAGAGAAUGGAAUUAUUAUAAAGCCAGUUAAUAUAGACAUACACCAAACUACUGUGUGAUUUAGGCACUUCACAUGUUGGUAAAGAAUAGCUAAGAACAUUAAUAGUCUGUAUUAAAUUUUUUGUUUUUUAUGCCCUGUACUAUGGAACAAGAGAUGUGCAAACAUACUGAAAAGAAGGUCUUGUUAGGGCAAGGUUAGAGAAAUCUAGUUGGAUACUAUUGAAGACUGCUUCAUAUGAAAGGCUCCUUUAUUUUUACUUUUAACCGUGAAAUCAUUUUAUUUGAAUGUUCCGCAAUCGUUAUAUGCACAAGACAUUUGAAAAUGUACGUUAACAGUUGAUCCAGAAUCGGUAAAAACUGAAAAGAAGCUUUCUCAUGUGAAAUGGCUUCCUUUCAGGCAAAAUUCUAGUUGCUGAUAAAGGAAACUGUGGUUAUUGUUAAAUUAUUAGCAUGCAUUUUUGCACAUGAGUUAUGUUGGCAUGAUGCAUGUAAGUGUAGAAUGGAGGUGCAAUGGAAAUGUAGACCUUGGAAGAGAUGCUAACCUGCUAACAGUGAUGUCUUACUCCCAGCAGUAGAGCUCAUUAGAUUCUGUGUAGAUGGGUAACCUUCCAGUAGUUAAUCACCCAUGCUUACAAAAUGAUCUUCAAAGUAUUCUCAUUCUGUUUAAACUGUAAAAUAGAAUCAUGGGUAUGUUUAUUAACAUUAUGACACACAUACAGUACACUGAUUUUUGUGGCUUUGAAUUAACAAUGAGGGUCAGUGAUGACUCGUGAUAAUUGUGUGUGCUUUUAUGUGUGUGGUAAAGGAAGCAGGGUAAGAGUGUUUUAGGUUUGACCGUAAGGUCACAGUGAGCCAGGCUACCUCAACUCUUCCUCUGUGUUAAACAUGGUGCUUCCACCAAAGCUUCUCUCCCAGUCACAGGCACUGUACACCGGUUAUUGCUAUAUUAUGCCGGUACCGCACACCAAUUAUGGCUCCAAUAAGCCAGUACUGCACAUUGGUUUUGGCUUAAUUAAGC